AUUCAUGGAUUCUAAUUCAUAGAUACACAUACCAUUCCUUCUAGUAUUUCUUAAAUCUCUCUCUCUCUCUCUUUCUCUUUCUAGCUCUUUCCAGCCAAGCAAGAAAACCAACCAGCACUAUACAUAUACAGCCACCUCAUUGAUCCUCCAUUGAAAAAAACAAAAAAACAAAAAAGAGUUUUCACUUUUCAUUAAAGUCACAACCUUGCUCUCUCCGCUCUCUCCCAUUUUGCUUGUUGCAAGGGACACCAGAUAUAUAAACAAUGGAGGAUACCCUUCCAUGCUCCUACUCUCCUCUUCCCAAUGGACCUCCCACCAUUGAAGGACCUUUAGACAAACGUAGGCCACGAACGAAGGCGAUCCUCAUAAUCUUUUCUGGGUUGUUGUUGUUGUUGCUUGCUUCGUUUUUGGCCAUUACUAUAGGUUAUCAUAGGAAUUCACACAAUGUCCGUGAAAAUGAAAAUGAUGAAGCUUUGUUGGCCACGUCCGAUCCAUCAUCCGUGUCGAUACCGUUGGAGCCAGUGCACCCCGUGUCACGUGGCGUAUCGGCCGGCGUGUCGGAGAAGUCGAACCUGGCAUUUGCCGACCACAAUGCGAUCUCGUAUCCAUGGAAUAAUAGCAUGUUGUCAUGGCAGAGGACAUCUUUUCAUUUCCAGCCAGAGAAGAAUUGGAUGAAUGAUCCUAACGGACCUAUGUUCUACAAAGGAUGGUACCACUUCUUUUACCAGUACAAUCCUAAUGGAGCAGUGUGGGGUGACAUAGUUUGGGGCCACGCUGUGUCAACAGACCUGAUCCAUUGGCUUCACCUCCCUUUAGCAAUGGUUGCUGAUCAGUGGUAUGACAUAAAUGGUGUUUGGACUGGGUCUGCUACAGUCCUUCCCAAUGGCGAAGUUGUCAUGCUUUACACUGGAUCCACUAAUGAGUCAGUGCAGGUUCAAAAUCUUGCAUAUCCUGCCAACCUGUCUGAUCCCCUCCUCAUCGAUUGGGUCAAGUACUCUGACAACCCAGUUCUUCUCCCACCACCAGGCAUCAAUAAGAAUGACUUUCGUGACCCAACAACAGCUUGGUACACAUCAGAUGGGAAAUGGAAAUUUGCCAUAGGGUCCAGGGUUAACACAACAGGCAUUACCUUGGUUUACCACACUGUGGACUUCAAGAGCUAUGAGCGUUUAGAUGGAUUGCUUCAUUCUGUCCCUGACACUGGCAUGUGGGAGUGUGUGGACUUCUAUCCUGUGUCCAAGACGGCUGGAAAAGGCUUGGACACAUCGGUUACUGGUCCUGGAGUGAAGCAUGUGAUGAAGACCAGCCUGGACAACGAUAGACAAGAUUAUUAUGCACUUGGGAUUUAUGAUGAGAAGACUGAUACAUGGGUUCCCGACAACCCCAAUAUUGGUAUUGGAAUCAGGUAUGAUUAUGGGAUGUUUUAUGCAUCCAAGACGUUCUAUGACAAGCAGAAGGAAAGGAGGGUGUUGUGGGGUUGGAUUGGAGAGUCUGAUAGUGAAUUUGCAGACAUGAAGAAGGGCUGGGCAUCAGUUCAGGGUAUUCCAAGGACAGUGUUACUUGAUACAAAGACUGGUAGCAAUUUGCUUCAAUGGCCAGUGGAGGAGGUAGAUAGUUUGAGAUUGAGCGGCAAAGAGUUUGACAAAGUGGAGGUCAAGGCAGGAUCAGUUGUUCCACUAGAUAUAGCAUCAGCCACACAGUUGGACAUUGUCGCAGAGUUUGAGUUGGAUAAGGAGGCUUUGGAGAGGACAGCUAAAAGCAACGAGGAGUUCAGCUGCGGCAACAGUCAGGGAGCUGCUCAACGUGGUGCAUUAGGACCCUUUGGACUACUUAUUCUUGCAGAUGAGAGCCUUUCUGAGCAAACUCCUGUGUAUUUCUAUAUUGCCAAAGGAACUGAUGGCAAUCUCACAACUUUCUUCUGUGUUGAUCAGUCAAGGUCUUCUGAGGCAACUGAUGUUAAUAAACAAAUUCUUGGGGGCUAUGUUCCUGUACUAAAAGAUGAAAAAUUAUAUGUGAGGUUACUGGUUGAUCAUUCAAUAGUUGAAAGCUUUGUUCAAGGUGGGAGGACAUGCAUCACAUCACGUGUUUAUCCGACAAAGGCAAUCUAUGGGGCUGCUCGGCUAUUUCUGUUUAACAAUGCUACUGAGGCCACUGUUACUUCCUCACUCAAGAUAUGGCAGAUGAAUUCUGCAUUCAUACACCCCUUCCGUGCUAAGUGAAAUAUUUAUAUUAAUUAAAGAAGAAGAAGAAGAAGAAGGAAAAGGAACAGAAAGUUCUCCUGUGGCAAUCUACAUGAUGCUGCAUCAAAGCGUCCAAUUCCAAUAACCUCACAUCAACACUCGACAUUAUUGCCAGUUUUGUUAGUUCAUCAAUCUCUAUUGAUUCAAUGUUUUUUGGUUUGAUGGAAGGGUAAUCGAUUUGAGUUGAUUGGGAAUCCAGGCACUUGUUGCCACAUAGCUCGAAAUUGGCAGCGUCAGCAAUUGAUGCACUGAAGCUUCAAAGUCCAAUUUUCUGUGUGUACGUACUGAUGCUGUGUUUUGAGCAUAUCUUUUUGUACAUAUAAAUGGAAAAAAUAAAAGUUCAGUUUCUCAUA